AUGGCCUGCAUCAACUGGAUCCGCAGGGCGAUCCUCCUCCCGCACCUGAAGCAGGCUAUCGCAGAGUGCAAACACGACAAUUUCGACGACAUCUACAGGUUCAUCCAUGUGAUCAUAAGGAGGUGGUGGCAUGACAUUGCGAACGAGACACCCUUCUUCAGAAACCCGGACACCGCAUAUCUUGUCCGCAAGGCCAUAUCCGACAAUCACCGCGAGAGUAUUAAGACGGUCGUGAGCUUCAUAGACACAGAUGACACCGUUGAGCAAGAUGGAUCAGACUCAGGAGGAGACGAAGAGAUCGAUUACAUUUCAGCUAUACUCGAGGGAGCAGAUGGAGGAAUCGCUGCAGGAGGUGGAGAGCGCGAUCCGGCAGGAGAGCAUGUCCGAGAGGCUCACCUCCGACUGUUCGGCAUGGUCCAAGCUCUCCACGAAGACGAAGCGUUCCGCGACAUCUGCGAUCCCCGCCUGGACCUCUCCAAUCCCUUCCGCUCGGAGAUUGCGGAUAUGCGCUGCUCGCUGUCGUGCCUCGAGGGCAUGAAGCCCACCGAAUCCAGAUGGGUGAUGUACAUGAUGACCCAUGUGGAGGAGCAGAGGGAUGCCUCCACGGUGGAGAUCAAGGACGCCUACCUGAGGACCAUAGGGAAGCACCGUGGCACCCUCAGGAUGUACGAGGCGAUCGUGGACAUGGCGCUGAAGACGAAGGAGCUCUCGGCCGUGCGCUCCACCGUCAACCUCAUCAUGCACCGCGUGAAUGAGCAGGCGUCGAGCUCGGAGGCCCCGAUCCAGAGCAAGCUGGUGGCUGCCAGCAAGGCCCUGCACAAUGACGCGGAGGCGCAGAGGCUCUUAUGCGAGCAGCUCGUGCAGAUGGCGAGUGUGAAGGGCAUAGACUUGCUAUGUAUGUGGGAGAGCGCGAUAUGUGUUCUUCAGGGGAUGCUGCAUGACAUCAACCGCGUCUUUAGGCUAAAGAACCUAAACACAAACACAAACACAAACCUGAACCUCACGUGGAUCCUCAUGAUGAAUGCCGUGUCUUAUAGCAUGCCCACGGAGCCGGCAUGGGCGACCACGAUCAUGAUAUGCUUCGAGCAGAUUCUGGCCGCCGUCUUCAUCCUGAUCAGCAUGGAGUUCCUCCACCCCCUCUCCCUGUCAGUUCCUCCAUCCCCUCUCCCUGCCUUUGAAUCGAGCCAACUGAGCCAACUGAGCCAACUGAGCCAACUGAGCCAACUGAGCCAACUGAGCCAACUGAGCCAACUGAGCCAACCGAGCCAACUGAGCCAACUGAGCCAACUGAGCCAACUGAGCCAACUGAGCCAACCGAGCCAACUGAGCCAACUGAGCCAACUGAGCCAACCGAGCCAACUGAGCCAACUGAGCCAACUGAGCCAACUGAGCCAACUGAGCCAACUGAGCCAACUGAGCCAACUGAGCCAACAUCUCACGCCCUUCAUCAACAUCCGGAUAUCUCACAGAAACUAA